AUGCAAUACUUCCUAUCUCUUCUUGUCUAUGCGAUAACCUGCACUGCCCUGGCGCUAACCCGACGUGCUCCAACCCCGGGGCAGUUCUCCCAGGUCACGGACUUCGGUGACAAUCCUACUAACGUGGGCUUCUACAUCUACGUCCCGCAAAACCUGGCGCCCAAACCUGCCAUUAUCGUGGCAAUCCACUUCUGCGAAGGAACUGCCGAAGCAUACUACGCCGUCACACCCCAUGCACAGUAUGCAGAGACCUACGGCUUUAUCGUCAUAUACCCCCAAAGCCCCUACUCAGACAGAUGCUGGGACGUCAGCUCCCAGAGAUCACUGAGCCAUAAGGGGGAUGGAAACAGCCACUCCAUCGUCAAUAUGGUGAUAUGGACAACCAAGCAAUACCACGCCGAUACCAGUCGCGUGUUUGUAACUGGAACCAGCUCCGGCGCAAUGAUGACCAAUGUGCUGGCAGCGACGCACCCCAAGCUCUUUGCCGCAGGUAUCUCCUACUCCGGCGUGCCAGCCGGCUGCUACUACUCCGAAGCCAACGACGAAGACCGGUGGAACUUCACCUGCGCGAAUGGCCAGUCCAUCAGCGCAUCGAAGCACUGGGCCCACAUAGCAAAACAGAUGUAUCCCGGCUACGAGGGUCCUCGUCCGAGAAUGCGGAUUUACCACGGCAGCAAUGAUACUACGAUAUACCCGCAGAACUAUUAUGAGACGUGCAAGCAGUGGGCCGGUGUCUUUGGGCACGACUAUGAUAACCCUCGGAAGGUGCUGAAUGAUACCCCCUUGUCGAACUGGCACAAGACAAUCUGGGGCAAGGAUUUGCAGGGUAUAUGGGCUAAUGGUGUGGGCCAUACUAUGGAGAUUCAGGGAGAAGAGGACAUGGAGUGGUUUGGGUUUACUAAAUGUGCGAAUUCGAAAAACGAAAACUGCCCUGGUGUGCCAAAAUGA